AUGUCGACCUCACCGCCGCAGAAGCGAGCGAGACGAAUGAUAUCCAUCCCCCACGGCCUUGCGGUGGCCCUCGGGUUGAAGAGUGGUGGCUCGCCGACGUGCGAAUUGCCCGAGGACGAGCUCGAGGGCCGGUUGGCCCUCGCCGGUUUGUCGUCGCGGUCGGACGUCUUCAACUCCCCGCUUCUGGAAGGUUUCGUCGCGGACGCGCCCGAUGUCUUCGUCGCGCACGUGCUUUCGCGGCUCGACAGCGGCGACCUCGCGAUGCUCGCGACGGUGAACCGAAAGAUGCGCGACGUCGUGUUCGAUGCGCCAGUCGAAGACGUGAGGGACGUCGCGGCGGUGAGGAGAGAGCUCGCGAGAGUGCCAAACUUCGUCGGAUCGAUCGGCAGGCUGGCGUGGGCGAAGGAGCGAGGGUGUCCGUGGGACUUGAGCACGUUCAGGUGCAUCGUGAGGGGUGGGAACGUGGAGGUCGCGAGGUGGGCGAAGGAACGAGGAUGCCCGUGGGGCGCAGUUACUUGUUAUUCGGCUGCGGCAGUUGGCCACCAGGAGAUGUUGCGGUGGUUGCGAGCGAACGUCUGCCCGUGGAACGAGGGGACUUGCGCCAACGCCGCGAGAGGCGGCCACCUGGAGGUGUUGCAGUGGGCGCGAGCGAACGACUGCCCGUGGGACGAUUGGACUUGCACCGGAGCCGCGAGAGGCGGCCACCUGGAGAUUGUGCAAUGGGCGCGCGCGAACGGCUGCCCGUGGAGCGAGGGGACUUGCAACGGAGCCGCGUGUGGCGGCCAUCUUGAGAUUGUGCAAUGGGCGCGAGCGAACGGUUGUCCGUGGGACGAGAGUACUUGUUGUGCGGCAGCGGGUGGCGGCCACCUUGAGGUGCUGCAGUGGUUGCGAGCAAACGGGUGUCCGUGGAACGAUUGGACUUGCGCCGCAGCCGCGGAAUGCGGCCACCUGGAGGUGCUGCAGUGGUUGCGAGCAAACGGGUGUCCGUGGCACAUGACUACGUGCGCCGCCGCCGCGGAAGGCGGCCACCUUGAGGUGCUGCAGUGGGCGCGCGCGAACGGCGCUCCGUGGAACGAGUGGACUUGCGCCAACGCCGCGUGUCGCGGCCACCUGGAGGUGCUGCAGUGGGCGCGCGCGAACGGCGCUCCGUGGGACGAGUGGACUUGCGCCAACGCCGCGUGUCGCGGCCACCUGGAGGUGCUGCAGUGGGCGCGCGCGAACGGCGCUCCGUGGGACGAGUUGACUUGCGCCGCAGCCGCGGAAUGCGGCCACCUGGAGGUGCUGCAGUGGGCGCGCGCGAACGACUGCCCGUGGGACGAGUGGACUUGCUCCGGAGCCGCGGCAGGCGGCCACCUGGAAGUGCUCCAAUGGGCGCGAGCGAACGGCGCUCCGUGGGACGAGAAGACUUGCGAGGUUGCCGCGGAAGGCGGCCACCUGGAGGUGCUGCAGUGGGCGCGCGCGAGCGGCUGCCCGUGGAGCGAGGGGACUUGGUCCUCCUUACGAGAGCGUUGGAGUGGGCUUCUAGAAUCAACAUGA